CGGGACUGUCGCCUAAUCAAACAACCAAAUACAUAGACUUCCAACGACUCAGCGAGUCAUCUUCUUCCAAUUGCUCCCUUGAUACCCUAUCUUCUUUACACCAAUCGACCAUGGAGCAAACGCGAGCCCUAAACGCACUUGAACCAUUCCUCGCUCUCUCCAAGACCGCAACCGCACCCCGCGCCGCCGCAGACCUCAUAACACAAGCAACCUCAGCACCAAACACCUACAUAUUCGCCGAGCUCCUCCAGACCCCCAACAUCCAAAACCUACGUCAAUCACCCGAGUAUACAGGUCACCUGGCACUCCUCGAGAUCUUCGCCUGGGGCACCUGGGAAGACUACAAACGCUCAUCCAACCUCCCCCAAUUAACCGCCCCUCAACACCAAAAGCUCCUCCUUCUCUCCCUCCUACCGCUCUCCGCCUCCCACGCAACACUUAAAUACACGCACCUCCUCUCGUCGCUCGACCUCCCCACAACCCGCGCCCUAGAAGACCUCCUCACGACAGCAAUAUACUCGGGCCUAUUAAGCGCUACUCUAGACCCGGCCCACGAACUAGUGAGCGUUACGUCCGUCGCGCCGCUGAGGGAUCUCGCGCCCGGAUCAUUGCCAGCGCUGCAGGAGCGGCUCGCGGGCUGGAGUCAGAGGUGCGAGGACGCGGUGCGGGAUCUCGAGGCGAGGGUCAAGGAGGUCAAGGAGGGGGCCGUGAAGAGGGAGAUCGAGAAGCGGAAGAGGGAGAGGGCGGUGGACGCGGUGAUCCUCAGCGAGAAGGGCGAUAAGGAUAAGAGAGGGACGCUUGCCGGAGAGGACUCGGAGAUGAUGGAUGUGGAUCAGGAUAAUGGAGGUGGGAGUGGGAGGACCACAAGGGGAUCGAAGAAGGGACCCGGUGGGUUUGGGUUCGCAGGCCUGGGCAGGAAGUUGGGUUGAAAGAGCGAAACCCAGUGCGAGAAGUCGUGAUGCCCACAACAUUUGGCAUCGUAUACACCCAACAACGAAAAUGUCUCCCCCAGCCUCAAGGCAAAAUCCAAGCCUGAAGCACAAUAUCCAGGCACGCAGUCUGACGAGAAGCUAUGCACAAAGCUACAACCUCCGCUAGAUUCCCCCUGCAUUCCAUCUUUCGACCUAACGAACAAACGGAGAGUGGGACGGGGACCAUGAUGCCAUGCCUUAGAUCAAAGAUAGACUUACAAUGAUUAAUAAUGACCCUCUCA